UUUUAUGAUGGAAAGUGAAAUGCACUGUCAGCAAUUCUUUUAGCACGGAUUUCCAAAAGAGCAAUGCAAGUCAGAACUACUGUAGUGUUACAUAAAGUUUAGAAAGGUGGCAUGAUUUGAGAGGUCUCUCUCUGUUUUUUUAGGUUGAUCCGCACCGUACUCUCCGAAGGAAGGUUUGGAGAGCACCAUCAUGGUGGCCAAUAACACUGACGACAGCCAUCCAAAAAAGCCCCGCGAAUGUCCAAAGAAGGAAGACGGGUAUGAUGAAAACUUUGAAUUUGAUGAGCACCCUUAUCGUAAUGCUACCUGGUUGUCGAGGCUGUUCUUUUGUUGGCUUACUCCUCUGUUCAAGAUAGGCUAUAAGAGGCCUUUGGAAAUUCAGGAUAUGUACCCAUUACUUGAUAAUGAUAAGACAGAGCACCUUGUUGAUCAUUUAUCAAGUUCUCCUACUAGUUGGCUUACUCCUCUGUUCAAGAUAGGCUAUAAGAGGCCUUUGGAAAUUCAGGAUAUGUACCCAUUACUUGAUAAUGAUAAGACAGAGCACCUUGUUGAUCAUUUAUCAAGAAAAUGGGAAAAAGAGGUCUUACAAAGUAAAAGUAGCAGUUAUGAUCCAAGCCUGCGGUGGGCUGUAGCCCGCUUUAUAUGGAAACCUUUGAUGAUUACAGCUCUCUUUGCUUUUGUUGAGGAAUUUAGUAGAACGAUACAACCACUGUUUGUGAGCUAUCUCGUCAUGUACUUCACCAUGGACUCAGAUAUAACAACCCAGGAAGCUUACGUAUAUGCCACUGUCAUUGUGUUGUUUUCCAUUGUUGCAGUAACAGCACAUCAUCCUUUUUUUUUCUACUCAUCACUAUUGGGCAUGAGGAUACGAGUUGCAUGUAGUGGUCUUAUUUACCGAAAGGCCCUCAGGUUGAGUAGUACAGCUUUAGGAAAGACAACAGUUGGACAAAUCGUAAACAUUUUGUCAAAUGAUGUAAACAGAUUUGAUCUGGCGAUGCUUUUUGUCCACUACCUCUGGAUAGCUCCAUUACAGUUAUUUGCUGUUACUGUGUUGCUAUGGUAUGAAAUAGGCCCAUCAUGCUUUGCUGGUGUGUUUAUCGUUCUGCUUAUGGCUCCACUACAAGCAUGGUUUGGAACACUUUUUACAAAAUUUCGAUCAAAGACUGCUAUCUUGACUGAUGAAAGAAUUCGCAUUAUGAAUGAGAUUAUCGCUGGAAUGCGAGUUAUCAAGAUGUACGCAUGGGAAAAACCUUUCAGUUACCUUGCAUCCGAGUGUAGAAGGCGUGAAAUCAGGAAAAUUCGCAAGAGCUCACUGCUUCGUGGAUCGAACCAGGCAUUCUUCUAUGCAGCCACUAGUCUUGUUAGUCUAGCUACAUUUGUUGUUUAUUCACUUACUGGUAACACACUGACAGCAAGUAAGGUGUACCUUGUGAUACCGUUGUACAAUGCUGUACGACUCUCUGUAGUGAUUUUCCUUCCAAAUUGCGUAAUGACGUUAACAGAAAGUCUUGUUUCCUUGCGUAGAAUAAAGGAAUUUUUGUUGUUAGAUGAGCUUGACCAAGCUGCUCUUGAGGCUCAACAUAGCAACCUUCGACCUAAGCCAGAGGAUGUGCAGGUGGCAGCUGAGGAUGUUUCAGCAUCUUGGGAUCAAGUUGAUGGGGAAAGUUCCUUCACAAUGGUUCUAGAGAAUAUUGAUUUAAACGUAAAAUCUGGGGAGCUGUUGGCAGUUGUUGGACCAGUAGGCUGUGGAAAGUCUUCUCUAUUGAUGGCGAUUAUGGGAGAGGUCCCUCACAUAACUGGGAAGGUAAAAGUGUCAGGCCGGCUAGCCUAUGCUUCCCAAUUGCCUUGGAUUUUCUCAGGCACUGUUAAGGAUAACAUCCUAUUUGGCAAACCAUACAACAAGCAGCAGUUUGAUCAUGUCGUUGAAGUAUGUGCUUUAAGAAGGGACCUUGAUAUUUUACCAAACAAAGAGUACACGCUAGUUGGUGAACGUGGAGUAACCCUAAGUGGAGGUCAAAGGGCAAGGGUUGGACUUGCAAGAGCGGUUUACAGUGACAUGGAUAUUUAUUUACUUGAUGACCCAUUAAGUGCUGUUGACACAGAAGUUGGGAGGUACUUGUUUGAUGUAUGUAUCAGGGAGAGUUUGAAGGAUAAACCUUGUAUAUUAGUUACUCACCAACUUCAGUACUUGGAAAAUGUUGACAAGAUACUUGUAAUGAAAGACGGUCAGGUAGCUGGUUAUGGAACAUACAGUGAGCUGCAGUCUUCUGGGAUAGAUUUUGCCACUUUACUAAAAGAGCCUGAAAACAAAGAUGAUGUAAUAAGUAACCAAGAAUCAACUACUGGGAUAAUGGCAGGAUCACAACAGUUUAGUUCCACCGGAUCAUUAGAAUCCUCUAAGGGUAUAGACUCAGCAGCUGAAAACGAAGGAAAGGAAAGCAAAGCUAUUAGCACAGUCUCCUUUAGAGUUUACCGGCGAUAUAUUGGAGCUGGAGGUGGAAUUUGCUUCUUAUUGUUAUAUGUAUUAGCUAAUAUUUUAGUUCAGACACUAUAUAAUGCAUCUGAUUGGUGGUUGUCAUAUUGGGUGUACAAAGAAGAAACAGCACAAGAAGAAUUUGAUUCCAUUGAUUUUGCAAAUUCUACUGCUGAUCCAUCUGAAUACGAGUUUGAUUCAGAUUUGUAUAUCUACAUCUUCUGUGGCCUAACUGCUGGACUAUUUGUAACAUCUUUCCUCAGAUCAUUUAUGACUUUCAACCUUGCAGUUAAUGCUUCUGAAAAUUUGCAUAAUCAGAUGUUCCUUGCCAUUAUCCAUGCACCAAUGAGGUUCUUUGAUACAAACCCAACUGGUCGAAUUCUGAAUAGAUUUGCCAAAGAUAUCGGAUUUAUGGAUGACCUCCUACCACUAACAUUUGCAGAUGUCGUGCAGAUUUCCUUAAUGGUCUUUGGGAUCGUCACUACCGUGGUAAUUUUCAAUCCAGUUGUGCUUGUCUUUGUCGUGCCACUUUUUGUUAUUUUAGUGUUUGUGCGAACAUAUUACCUAUAUACGUCACGUGAUAUAAAGCGUAUGGAGGGAAUUACUCGUAGUCCAGUAUUUUCCCACCUAUCCGCAACUCUACAAGGUCUAAGUACAGUGAGAGCCUUCCAAGUGCAGCAGUCAUUCAAGGAUCAGUUUGAGAGCUACCAGGACACUCAUACCCAAGCUUGGUACAUGUUUCUAGCCACAUCGAGGUACUUCGGCAUCUGGCUUGACUGGUUGACCUUGAUAUUUGUUGCAGUUGUCACUUAUGGCUCUGUCAUUUUGUUACAUGUUUCUGAGAAUUUGAAUUCUGGAACUGCUGGAUUGUCAUUUUCUUAUGUGUUAAGUUUGAUGGAUGCUUUCCAGUGGGGUGUGAGACAGAGUGCUGAGCUGGAGAACUUAAUGACUUCCACUGAGCGUGUUCUAGAGUACACGGAUAUAGAGCCUGAAGCUCCUCUUGAACGUGAAUUUAAACCUUCCUCAGAUUGGCCUAAAUAUGGUAUCAUCACAUUUGAAGGGGCAUCUCUGUCAUACUUUGAUGGGGGACCAACUGUCUUGAACAGACUCUACUGCUGUAUACGAUCCAAAGAAAAAGUUGGUAUUGCUGGCCGAACUGGGGCUGGCAAAAGUUCCUUGAUGACAGCUCUGUUACGCUUGGCUGAACCCACAGGAAGGGUCAUGAUAGAUGGUAUUCUAAUCAGUGACCUUGGACUGCAUGACCUUCGAAAGAGUAUUUCAAUAAUACCCCAGGACCCGGUUUUAUUCAGUGGAUGCCUUCGGAGAAACUUAGAUCCUUUUGGAGAGCACACUGAAAUUCAGCUGUGGAGAGCAUUAGAAGAGGUUCAACUUAAAUGUUUACAGCCUUAUCUGUUGGUGUAUUUUAUUAGAACCGAUCAGCUUAUUCAGGCAACAAUUCGUGAGAAGUUUAAACACUGUACUGUGUUGACAAUUGCCCAUAGACUGAACACCAUUAUGGACUCGGAUCGCAUCUUGAUCCUCGAUCAAGGAAAAAUUGCUGAGUUUGAUGAGCCAUUCGUCCUGCUUCAGAAAGAAGAUGGACUUCUUACAAAAAUGGUGUCAGAAAGUGGACGGGCAGAAGCUGUUAAAUUAAUAGCUAUUGCCAGAGAACAGUAUUAUAACAAUUCAAGUGAUCCGUACGGAUUCAGUGAUAAGAACAUUCCAUCAUCACCACUUGAAAAACUUAUACCUAAAGGUGUUAUCAAUCUCACUAUUGAAACUAAUUUAUGAUAACUGUCAUGGUAACUGUUUGGUAAAUGUUUAUUUGUUAGUCAAUUUUUGUUAACAUUUUUAUUGAAAUUCACACGUGUUUAAAUCAUAAAUGCAAUAGAGCACUGUGUAGACUAUAACAUUUUUAGUCGACAAGAGCGUGCCUGAAUAGAGCAUUUGCAAAAUUUAAAAGUGUUGACAGGGCUGUAGCCUUUACCUGUAUAUGAGUUAAAGGUGUAAACUUCAUUCAUAUAAUUACGACAUGAUUGGUUGAGAUGCAUUACAUGGCAUCAGUGGCAUAUCCAGGAACAUGGAAUAGAAGGGGGCCCAGUGAGGGGCUUUCACAGAGAGGGUCCACCCACCUCAAUCCCCUACCAUGGUUGGGGUUGAGGUAAGACAAUCUAUGACUAUAUCAGCUCUAGAGGGCCAGAAAUGGCACUUUCCAAAUUUUAUUUUUUCUCCAUUUUUUAAUUUUUUUUUUAUUUUUUAAAAAUUUAGCAUUGAUAAUAUUUUAAAACAAGAUGCCUUGAAGACUUGGUGUGUGGAACACUUGGCCCAAUUUUUAAAAUUUUCUGUUUGGCUUAAAGAACAACUCCUCAAAUUUGAUUUAUUGACUUGACUGUGAUUACCAUCACAUACAUUUCAUAUCAUACUUGGUUUUUAUAGUGUCCAUAAGUUUAAAGGACACAUAAAGGAAGAAAAUAUAAAACUGUGUUAUAAAUUUAUUGUUUACAUUUUUCUUUUGCUGGUGUUUUGUUUUUUAAAUAUUUGAUGAAUUGGUUCCUGUUUCAUGUUUUUUUUUU